GUGCCACUUUGAACAGAGUAAGGAGGGAAUGGGCUUUGUGGGGUCAUUUAGUCCAUCCCCCUGCCUCCCUAGCCUUCUGAACUAUAAAAGCCUUCCCUUUCUCUCAAUUAGGAACGAAGCAUGCCGGGCCUCACCUCAGACCUGCACACUGCCCCUCAUUAUGUUCAUGAUCGGCAGGAAAUGGAGAAACAGUGCCCAGAAGGUGAAAAAGAAGAGACGACCCCCUGAAGGGGACAUCCACAUUUAUUUGAGCACCUACCAGUUUAUCAUCUCAGGAUUUGGAACUGGGAAGCAGGACGCUCCUUCAGCUCAGAUGUUUGCUUGUGCCCCAGACUCCAGAGACCCUCUCGCCACCUCCUUUCCUCCCUUGCCCCCUUCCAUGGGGACCAAGAGGGGCUCCUGUCUCAGGCCUUGGGGAGGGGUUCGAAUGCCCUACGGAGGCUUCCAUGGAGAGACAGUGGCAGAGGACGAAAAAGAGGAGCUGAAGAAGCAGAAAAAGGAAGAGAGGAGGAAAAGCCAGGAGAUUACAAGGGAUCAAGAAGAGGCUGUUUAAGUACAUGGCAGCGUACCCAGGAGCUGGGCUCCUGUGGCUGUGUGGGCCGGAGGCUGCAUGGCAGCAGAUGCUGAGAAGAAGCUGUGCAUUCGAGAAGCUGAAAGAUGGUCUGUCCUCCCACAGGGGCCUCAGGGACCUCAGGCAAUGCUGGGCUCUCAGAGGGUAGGGUUGGGGCAUCCAUGCCCUCAUUUUGGCCUAGGAGGCAACAGGUGUUUAUCUGAAGCGCCUCUGCAUGCGGUGGACAUCAGACAAAGACAGUGUGUGUGUUUAUGCAUGUGUAGAUGCACGUGGGAGACACGUUUCAGUGUGCAGACUGCGUGCAUUCACAUCUGUGUGUUUUCGAAAGUGCAGGUGUGCAUGCCUGUCAAAGAGGCCCAUGGGCAAUCUGAAACCAUGACUGGACGCCAGCCCAGGCUGCGAAAGCCCAAAGGACAGCCCUCUCCCCACAUCAGGGCUGCUCUGACCAUGUCCCAGCUUAAGCAGGGCAGUUGUCCAAGGCUAUCACCUUGCUCUCUGCUGGGCUCAAUUCAUGACUGACAGGUGGCCAGGACCCAGUGGUUUACCAGGUACUUUCACCCUUAGGCUCUCACAUGGUCCUGGUAAAAACCAUGUGGUACACAGUACAUUUCUCUUUCCAGAGACAGGGACCAAAACUUAACGUCUCAAAAAACUGCCUUUUGAAGUCAGAUCCAGUAUUGUUUCCUUUGCCUGCAAAUGUCAUUAGGUACUGUUUCUUUAUUUUUGGGCCAUCUCCUCUUACAUCUCUAUCCUUUUAACCCCUAAGGGUCAGAAAUGUGAAUAAAAGGCCAGAGUAGGGACCUUGCUUUCCCCAUCCAUGUUCUUUGUGGCUGGACUUAAAUGGUUAGAGUGAAGGUGGAUCAUAAGUCCAGAGUUUAGCUCCUGGGGGACUUUCUUCCAAGGCCUGGGGGCCUAUAAAUUCCAAAUUCUAGACUUACAGGGAUUUUAAAGUUGGGAGCAGUUCUGUAUAGGAGGGAAGAGGUGCUGCUAUCAGGAACUCAGAGAGGAUUUUUGGAAUCUGUUGGGACUGUUUUCGAAUCCCAGUUAUGUGACAGAGGCCAAUCAGUACUCUCUCUCUCUGCAUCUCAGCUUUCUCAUCUAUAAAACGGGAAUCUAAUAAAAAUAAUAAUAGCAAAUACUUGUAGAAUGCCAACAAGAUGUAAGACUCUAUUUUAAGUACUUAAUAGAUAUCAAUUUAAUCUUUACAACAAUCUUGUGAGUCAGGAAUAUUAUCACCAUUGAACAGACAAGAAAACUGAUUCUCAAAGUAUUAAGUGACUUCCCCAAGAUCACAGUGCUCAUACACAACGAACAUGAUACUUGAGCCCAGCAGUCCGGCUACAACAUCUGUGUUUAACCCCUGCAAUACUUCCCAGCAGGGCUGGAUAACUACCUGAACCUUGGGUGGCAAAAAAAACAGAUGAACAACAUGUGGUGGUUUUAAAACCUGUCUGCAAACUCUUUGAUACUCCUCCAACAAAAGGCAAAAUCUAGGUCUCCUCCCUUGAAAGUCCUAGAUAAACUGUGUGACAAACUUCAAGAAUUAGGAUGCAGUGAACAGGAUGCUAUGAAAUUUCCAAGGGUGGCUUAGGAAAGGCCUUUGGCUUCUGCUGGUUUCUCUGGGGAUACCUGCUUUGGGAGCCUUCUGCUGCUGCGUGAGAUCCCUGGCUACCCUGGAGAGACGUCAGACAACAGGUGAGACGCCCGAUAGCCCUAGCUGUCUGUGUCUUUCCAGCCCAAGCUCCAGACAUGUACUGAAGAAGCUUUAAGGGUAAAUUCAGUCCCAGCUACUCCCUGGCUACAACUAUAAGACAGACCCUCCCAAGUAAGAACUGCCUAGCCAAGCUCAGGCAACUCCAAGAUUUAAGAGCAAAAUAAAAGAUAGUUAUUGCUUUAA